UUUUUGAGUUUAUAAUCUUCUAUAGUUUGUUGUUAGUACUCAUUAGUUAACAAAAACGUUAAUAAAAUAGAUAGUUGCAUUUAUUUUGCACAUUAGUAUUAAGUAUUAUACAAAAGCUGAAUAUAUAUAACGUAUUGUAGCUUUAUUUGAAAAAGAAGAAAAAAGAAAAACAAAAUAAAGUAAAGAAAGGAGAGUAUUCUAGGUUCAAAAUGUCUAGUACAUCCCAAAAACACAAAAAUUUUGUAGCAGAGCCAAUGGGCGAAAAACCAGUUACUGAUUUAGCUGGAGUUGGUGAAGUUCUCGGAAGAAGAUUGGAAGCUGCCGGUUUCGACAAAGCAUAUGUAGUACUUGGACAAUACUUAGUUUUGAAGAAGAACAAAGAACUGUUUCAAGAGUGGAUGAAAGAUGCUUGUUCAGCUAAUGCAAAACAAUCGAAUGAUUGUUAUCAGUGUCUUACAGAUUGGUGUGAAGAAUUUUUGUAAAGUACUAAUGAUAAUGGACUUUUGUAAAAUAUUAAUGUUAUAUGAAAAAUAUUUUAACAUUGCAGAAUAUUUUAUAACUUAAUAGAAGUCUUUUCACAUGUAUUACGCUUUUAGGAUUUUCGUAAAAUUAACAAAUUUUAAAACUACAA